AAAUUAUCAGGCAUAUUUCUAAACAUCCAUAAACAAGUCUCAAAAACAACAGCGGAAGUGGGGAAUGAGUUCAUGCUCGAGAUUUGUGCUGUAUUUCAUAUAAAAGCAGAGUUUGGAAGAUGAACAGUCUCUCUCCAGAGGUGGCAUUGAGCCGUAUUUCUUCUGAGCUGCGGCCUUUACUCUGCUCAGUGGUGCGCAAUGGACGAGUUGGUUUAGACUCAUCCAGCUGUCUCCGGAUCACUGACCUCAAGAGUGGCUGCACAUCACUAAUGCCUGGUCCAUGCUGUGACAGAUUUAAACUUCAUAUUCCAUAUGCUGGAGAGAUUCUCAAAUGGGACAUUAUCUUCAAUGCCAAAGACCCAGAACUGCCCCCAGACUUUAUUUUCGGAGAAGAUGCCGACUUCCUGCCUGAACCAUCAGAACUCCCGCACUUGGUGUCAUGGGAUGCGGGUAAACCGGAGUGUCUCCUGCAGCUGGUGAAAGAGCUGUUGCAGCAGUACCAUCAGUACCAGUGCCAGCGGCUUCGUGACAGCUCCCGCCUGCUCUUCGAAUAUGACAGCCUGCUAGAAGACCCCAACUAUGGGCGCAGUAUGGAGAUCUACGCUGGCCGCAAGAACAGCUGGACGGGGGAGUUUUCUGCUCGGUUCCUUCUCAAACUCCCUGUGGAUUUUAGCAACAUUCCCAUCUAUCUUCUCAAAGACACAGCAGUGGAUCCCGGAGAAGAUGUGGCACUUCUAUCGGUUAGCUUUGAAGAUGCUGAAGCCACACAAGUCUUUCCAAAACUCUACCUGUCUCCCAGCAUUGAGCAUGCACUUGGAGGAUCUUCGGCAUUACAUAUCCCAGCAUUCCCCAGUGGUGGCUGCCUCAUUGACUAUGUGCCUCAAGUGUGCCAAUUACUCACAAACAAGGUUCAGUAUGUCAUUCAAGGAUAUCACAAGAGGAGAGAAUACAUUGCAGCUUUUCUCAGUCACUUUGGAAUGGGUGUGGUAGAGUAUGAUGCUGUCGGGUUUACCAAGCUCACCCUUCUGCUCAUGUGGAAAGACUUCUGCUUCCUGGUCCAUGUGGACCUGCCUUUAUACUUCCCUCGAGAUCAGCCCACCCUCACGUUUCAGUCUAUCUAUCACUUCACCAGCAGUGGGCAGCUCUACUCUCAGGUGCAGAAAUCUUACCCCUACAGUCCACGCUGGGACGGCAACGAGAUGGCCAAGCGAGCCAAGGAUUACUUCAAAAGCUUUAUCCCUCAGUUCCAGGAGGGGGCUUUUGCCAACGGAAAACUGUAGAUUUACUACAUGAAUUAGGAGCUCUCUGAUUUGAAUGGUGGGUCUGUGAACAUGAUGUACAGGAGACAGCAUGUGCUCAGAGUCAAGCAGGAGUCUGUAAAAGAAACCCGACUCACAAGUCUGCCAACUGGUCUUCUUCAAUGCUCCGGCCUUCACAAGCAAUGUCAUUUGGUACAUUUAAAAGUACUGUGUGGAUUUUUUUUUUUUUUUUUUUUUAUUUAUAUGCUAUUUGUGUUUUCUCAUGUUCUUUAUGAAUAGAUUGCAUCAAUAAAUCAAGUUACUUUGCUGCUUUA